CACACGCGCGCUCAGAACAGGUUGCUUUUUUGAAUCACGAGGGAAAGAAAGAACAAACCUAUUUCGCCAUGACGCGGGUGACCCUUUUGCUGGUCUGUUCCCUACUAACCAUGGACAUAACUCUGGCGAGCUACGGUAGCAACCUUCUCAACUUCAUCAUCCGUCCGGCGGGUCGCAGUAGGUCCUUCAAGUGGCUGGGACGCGGAAACACUGAUAAUAUUCCCUUGUUCGUCCCGCGCCCUCCUUUCAUUCCCCGGUGGAUACCCAAAGAGAGGCCAGAAUACGUAGCAAAGUGGGUGCCCACCACUCCCCCUCCACAGGCCAAUCGCCCUCCAAUUCACCAAUCUGGCUUUGGGGCGCCUAAGCCAAAUUCGGUGGUGAACUCACAGGGACCUUCUGCAGGGUACAACCCGCCAGCUGCUGCUGCUGCUACUCCUUCUCUCCUCCCUCCUCCUCCUCCUCCUUCUUAUCCCUCUGUUCCUGCUCCUGCCCCUGCCCCUGUUCCAACCUACAACGCCCCUGCAGCGCCUGCGCCACAACCUUCAGGAUACGCCCCACCUCGUCCUGAUGACAUCGUUUCUGGUGUUCAGCAAGCAGCUGCUGGUCCUCCUCCAGCAACAGGAUAUACUUCCCCUGCCACAAGCAACGUUAUACCUGAGACGGCUAUCAGGAACACUCUUCAGGCGGGCCCUACACAAGUUCCUGUGGUUCUGGGCGAGCCAAGCUUUAGCGCUCUUGUGCAGGACCAAGCUAGUGUUAAUGUGAAUGGCUUUCGCGAUGUCGAUCCUGGCAGCAUCAUUGUCAUUGAUGAGGAUGACUUAGAAGAUGAAUUUGACGACGUGAACGACCUCGGUGGCAGCUUUGAUGCUUUUAAUCCAGCAGAACCCGGAAGCGUUAUCUUCAUUGACGACGACUCAGCUGAAAUUGACGUCAGGGUUACCAGCCAGAUUGUUGCAAGUAACGAGGAUGACCUUCUGUUUAUCGUGGUACCCGAAGAUGACAAACCUGAAGACACGUUCGCCCCUGCGACGGCGUCUCUCGUCCUUGGUGAUGAAGGAAACCUCCAGACGCUCGGUGACUCUGCAGCUAAAUCUCUCCAGGAAGCUGAAACUACGCUCACAGCUCCCUCGGGCGACAUUCUUCUUGCCAAUGAUGGAGGCAACCUUAAUGAUCAGUCAAUAUUUGUCAGCAUCCCAGAUGAGGUGUCUCAAGAUGAUCAGAUAUUCCUUGUAGGCCAAGAUACCCCAAACUCGAGCGAGUUCCAGCCAAGUCAGGAAUUUGAGGAGAGCGAAGGAGCUGUCUCUGGAGAUGGCUUCCUCCCCAGUCAGGUCUUCUUGGUCGAUGAUAACCCAACCGAUUCAGCCAGUCAGAGCAUCCAGCUUGACCAAAAUUCCCUGGUGAGCGACAACCUCUCACCCACAGGCCUAUCCCUGGAAGAGCUCGCACGCCCUGCCCUCUUGGCCCCUCCCGCAACGCCCGUAGUUGCCUCGGGUCGCCGAGCUCCCCCAACGUCGUCCUUCGCCGCCGCUCGUUCCAUCGAGCCCUCCGGUCGAGCCCUGCCUGCCGUGAUUCUUCAACCCGUGCCUGUCCCCCUCAUCUCCCAGGGUUCAGUCACUCUCGACUUCCCACAGGAGCCGAACUUCAGACAAGCGCGCCUGGCUAGUCCUCCUCUGCCUAUCCUAAACAGCCCUCAUAGUCUGCCUUUCGGCGCUCACUUACGACCCAGACAUUUUCGCCCUCAGUCAAGAGCUUUCUUUUACGGAUAAGAUUCACACUCUAUAGGUCUACCCUUUUCAAGAUGUACCCUGCGGUUCUUGGAUGAAUGUGUUCAGGCCUCAUUUUGGCUCUAGGAAACUUUAAGCUUUAUUGUUGUAUAUAUUCCUUCUUUGCCAUGGAUAUUUAAAUGCAUUCAGUGAUAAACUUUUGUAGAAAGUAUUGUUGUUACUGUUAUUGUUAUUCUGUUUCCAGAAUCUUUUAUAUAUUUGGCAUUAUACAAAAACAAGAAAAAGUAAGGUGAACAAACCAAGCUGAAGAACCAUUGCGGUUCUUUGUUACACACAUCUACAGACAAUAAAUUUCUAUUUACACUCCUCCCAGGGAUCAUUCAAGAAGAGUCCUCACAGCAAAGUGUUGAAAUCAAUCAGAAAAGAAACUCUUAAAAAAAUAUUGCAACCAUUGCCAGCUUAGGGAAUAGAAAGCCGUUAGAGUAAAAUUUACCAAAAGCGUUUUUUAAUUAGAUGUAAGUUCUUGGUUGAAGGCCUUGAUAUAAAUCUGGAAUAUCUGCCAUUGCAAGGAAUGACAUUGUUGCUGUGUAUGUACAAUUUAUUCAACAUUCCUGAUGUGUUGUAUACAUGGAAUGUUCCAGUUGUCAGAUGGUGCCAGUUGUUUAUACAAAACAUUUUGUUAAUACUAUGUAAGAAUACUAUUUAAUUUUUUUGUA